UCUUUAUGACUUCCUCUAUCUAUCAAUUACCUGUUUACUUUCUUUUUCGCUUCUCCAUACCACAUCUCAGCUACGCCGACUCGGCUUUUUCCCCACUUCGCAAAUGACCCUUCACCGAUAAUCAAUCGGGUAGUUGCAUCACAAUUGCCAUCAAACGGACCGGAAGGUCGUUCUAUGCAGCUCCUUCUCACGGCCUGGAUUGGUACUGCAGUUGCUGGGAGCGUCGGGGGGGCUGAAUAGAGCGAUCCAUGCAUCAUUCAUUCCUCUUCGGAGCUGCCUCACUCCCUGUUCCUGGUCCUAUUUGGAAGCUUGCCCUAUAUAUACUAUGGAGCUUCAUUCUCUUCGACCUUCUUCACCAGCAUCAUCAAUUCUUCUUCCCUCUUCUCCUCCUCUGUUUCAGUCUCUCGCCUGAUACGUUCUCGGUGAACCGUCCACCAUUUUACUUAUCUGCCGCCUUAGACCUCGAGAGUCUCAUCUUUGACUUUUGUCUCACUUUCCCUUGCGCCAGACUGCACGCCACCGCUGCACUUCCUGCACUCAUUGGGUCCCAAUUGGAAGACUUCCAGUCCUCUGUCUGCCUCGGCUUCCACACUUCUGUUCGUCCACCGCGUGAAUUAUUCAACACCACCGGAUAAAUUCAACCAGUAAGUGCCCGGGGGCUUGCCAC